CUGGCAACUCUCUCGGCAUAGUGUUUUUCCAGACCCCAUAUAAAAUAAACCAUAUAAAGGAAUUCUGUAGAAGAUCAAGUGCUCUGCCGACCAAGAUGGAGUUUCCACCUUGUCCUCCCUCCCUGAAGUCCAUCCAGCACUUCCUGAAGUUGGCCCAGGAGCACGACACUCGAGAUGUGGUCAUCGCAUACUGGGCGAGAUUAUAUGCCCUCCAGAUUGGCCUCAAGGCCUCCACCCAAACGGGCGAGGAAACCAAAUUACUGCUGGGUAUCAUGGACUGGCUGGAACAGAUGAAGAAGCAGUAUGCGGAUAAUGAGGCCCUGACCAACGAGGUGGCUGCCCAGGCUCACAUCGAGAACUAUGCCCUCAAACUAUUCCUAUAUGCCGAUAAACAGGAUCGCGAGGAGAACUUUGGCAAAAACGUGGUCAAGGCCUUCUACUCCAGCGGAGUGCUCUACGACAUACUCCAGACCUUCGGCGAGCUGAGCGAGGAGGCGCUGCACAACAGGAAGUACGCCAAGUGGAAGGCCGCCUACAUCCACAACUGCCUGAAGAACGGAGAGACUCCGAUUCCCGGUCCCUUGCCAGAUGACGAUGAUGAGGCGGAGCUGCAGGGGGAGAAUGCCAAUGAGGAGGCAGCCGGAGGAGCUCCUGCUGACCCAGCUCCUGCUCCAGAGCCCGAGGCAGAUCCAUCGCCCCCAGCAUCCAGCGUAGUUCCUCCCACAGCCGAAGAGGUGCUCAAUAAUCCGAACAAAUUGCCCAGUCCGCCGGUGGACGAGGAGAAGCCCGGUGGCUUCGUGCCCUACGUGCCCACGGGUCAGCCGCAUCCAGCCACUGCGGCCACCAUUUACCAGCCCAUUGUGCCCGUGGCCGGAGUGCAGAUCACUCGACCAAAUGAUUGCCGCCCAGAAGUAUUGCAAGUACGCAGGAAGUGCUCUUAACUACGACGACGUGAAGACGGCCAUUGAGAACCUGCAGAAGGCCCUCAAGCUGCUGAGCACUGGAUCCGAGUAGAUACCCAUUAUGUAUUAGUACAUCACUUUCCAGGCACAGUUACAGCCUAG